AUGGAUGUAGAGUCUUACAAAGAUGAUAUGGCUAGGCAGACAAUCAAGCAAGGAAAAUCCCAUCAAGAUACAGUUCAAGCUCUCUCUCGAGAACUCAUGGAGGCAAAAAACGCAUUUGAACAACGGGUAGUUGAUUUUGAAAGCAACAUGAGUAAUAUGGACAGAGAGAGGAAUAAGAAUUUGGACUCAGUUUCAAUGGAAUAUCGCAAGGAAAUUUCAAAUUUGCAGCAGAGGUUAAAAGAUCAGACCAGCAGUUUUGCUACUGAGAAAGAAGUCAUUGCAUCCACUCAUGCUCAAUCUUUGGCUCAAUACCAGCAGGAAGUAAUGUCUGUUAGGCAAGAGAUGAAGAAAAUAAUGGAAGAAAAUGAUGACAAAAUGGAAAAAUGUAAAAACUUUUACGAACGGGAACUUGAAGUACUUCGUGCUUCAACUACUAAUGAAAAUAAACUACAGGCUGAAUGGUUAAGUCGAGAAAAUGCUUUGAAACUGAAAGCAAGCCAGCUUGAAGCCAGUAUGCAGCAGAAGAUUAAGGAAUUGUCCAAUGAAUUGUCAGUUCAGAGGGUUGAAGUUGAGACUUUACGUGAACAACUAUCCCAGUCAACUUCGCAAGCUAACAGCACAUCUGAUCAUAUCAAGGAUUUACGUGACCAGCUUAGUAAGUUACAAUCGGAUUAUAAUGCAUCCUGUGAUCGUGUGCAUUACUUGGAAGAAGAAUUGAACACUGCGAAUGAAAGAAUAGAAACUCAAUCCAGUGGUUUACUUAGAAAAUCAAGUAUCAUUGGGACACUGGAAGCGAUCAAACUUACUCAGGAUGAAAGCAUCCGUGAUCUUGAGUCACAGAUGAAGGACAUGAGACGAAGAUGUCAAGACUUGGAGUUGGAGAAAACAUCUUUGCAGAAAUCACAGUCAGAUGAAAGUUUGCAACUCGUUCAACAAAUCAAAGCAAUGUCAAAGCGCUUGGAAACGCUGAGCGAUGAGAAGACUGCGCUGACUCAGCAAUUAAAGAACGAGAUAAACGAGAUGAAGAUUAACCACGAGGAGGCAGUAGAGAGCUUGAAACAACAAUUAGAGCAAGAAGCGACAUCUAUGGAAAAAAAUCAUCAAUGUCAGGUUGAUAUGAUGAAAGUUGAGGCCCAGGAAGCUAUGGACAAACUACUGGUUGAAAUGCAAGAGCGAAUAUUAAAAGAAACCGAGAAAUUUGAGCAAGAUAAGCAACUUGCUCUUGAUAAAGUUGAAGCUGAAAAAGAAGUUAUUCGCUGCAACUUAAUUGACUCACAAAAUGAGGUAGAAAUCAUAAUCAUGUUUCAACAGAUUAGUGAGCUUGAACAGCAACUUGUAACUGGGGAGAAUCGGAAUUUGGAAAUCCAACAAAAUAUCUCAAGUUUAAAGUCAGAGUUGGUCUCUCAGGCUGACUCCUAUAAUGAGAAAGUGACAUCAUUGCUCAGGGAGCACGAAGGAGAAAAAGAGAAAUUAGUGAGAGAACAAGAGGAAAAGUGGGAGGAGAAAAUGAGAAUCAAACUGGCAUCACUUGAAUCCAACCUCAUCCACCAGUUCAACAGUGAGAAGCAAUCUGCAAUAAGUGAACUUGAUUCACUGAAACACAAUGAGUUAGAAGCUGCUAAAUCAGGCUGGGAAAACCAGAUACGUCAACUAUCAACGCAGAUGAUGGAGCUGCGACAAUCGUUUGACAACGAGCGCCGUGAAUUUGAACGAAAACUUGCUGAAAGUCAGUCAGGCAUGACUGAAAUUGAGCGAAGGCUCAGGAACGAAGCACAAGAGGCCGCUACAGAGUAUUCUAACAAGAUUGCUCACUUGCUAGAAACACACAAGGUGGCGUUAGAGGCAGCUGAUCUUCGUAAAGAAGAAGAAUUGAGAAACUUAGAAAAUCAACUUAAUUCUAAAUUCCGAGAGGAGUCCCAUUCACGAAUGCGAGCCCAACAAAUCAGCAUCGAGGCUGUGAAAGAGAAAAUGAAACAAGAAGCCAAUGAAGAGAUGACACGAAGAGAAGGAGAAUUUGAAAGAGAUAUUGAUGAUAUACGAAGUGAAUUAAUGCACCAACAUGCGUCUGUACUUGAUGAUACAACACGUCAAUAUGAAAACCAACUUGCCUCAGUUAAAGCAGACAUAGAUGCGAUGCAAAGAACUUCGGUCAGGAAUGAAGAAGUUUAUAAUAAAUCGUUAAACGAGUUGGAAACUGAUUUAAAACUCACUCGCUCAGAGAUGAGCAACCUACGCAACAAAGUUUCGGAGCAAAACGAAAUGUUGUCAACACUGAAUAAAGAAAUAGAUGCCAAAGGUCAUGAGGUCCUCCGGAUUCGAAGUGAAGCGAACAUCGAGCUACGAAGGAAAGAGGAAGAAAUGAUGCGGAGGUUUCAACAGGAGCAAGAUAACUACCAAGCCGACAGCAUCCGGAACAAACAGAUCAUGGUUAACGACUUCAAUCGCGCAACCGAGACACUUAAAGAUAGGAUCGCUUACCUCAAUAUUUCUCUUCGUGAAUCAGAGGAGAAAUACGAGAGGAGGGAAAGUCGACCUGAAGAUGUCGAUUCCAUCAACCAACUAAAAGAUAUGGUUAGAGAGAGGGAAAGCCAACUUCAAAAACUUCUGGAUGACAAGAAGUUUUAUCAAAUGGAGUUGAUAAACAGAGAAACAAACUUCAAUAAAGUGUUCAGUACGGCACCUAAUGUUGGGGUGCUUAACCCCAGGACCAAGAAAAAUAAAUCCAACAAAGCGAACACAGCACCACAAAGGUUCACCUCACAGUUUGUAAGCGUGCCUAACAUGAACUCGAUUGAACCAGCUAUGACUGGCUCAAACCGGUUAGAACCACUUAGAUCUAGUUCAUCUUCCCCUGGUAGUUUCAACUCAAAUAAACACCUCCAACCGACGCCCCCGCCACACCCUAAAAAGUUCAUGAGAAUAACCGAGGACAAGACGACCUCAAACAACCACCAGUUCACAGUCAUUUCAAAUUCUCUCGUCGACCAAUCAUGUGCAGAGUUUUUCGACAAUCAUUUUAAUGACGUCAUAAAACCGGAACAGAAUGUUCCGCAUGACGUCAUAAUGAGUGCUCCAAUCAACAUUCCAAGCAAAGGCGUUCGUUGGAAAUCAAACGUGGACAUUUCCGAGUUACCUACCGAUGACGUCAGUGAUGCGGGUGACGUCAGAGCCAUGACGUCACCAUACGGCUCACUACCAAAUCACUAUGCGAAAAAAUCUGAAGACAAAAAACACAGAACGAUCGCAUCUUUUAUGCAUGCGAUGCGGCAUAAGAAGAAAUAAUUACGUCAUCGUUACGUCACCACUAACCAAUACGUCAUCAAGUGUGGUAGUCGUUUUAUCUUAUAGCUACUAACAGAAAAGAUCUUCUGUCCGAAGGUAUAUCCACUUAUUCCAACAUGUUUUCGUAUCUACUAUUGUAUUUUGACGAUUCUUGUUGAAAAUGCGGUUGAGAUUAUUUUUCUUCACGAAUCCAAAAAUCAACGUGCCUUUUUUUCGGUACUUUUGCUUCUAUACCUAAACCUUGGCAUGUCACGCUACAGAGCCAUACUCAUUUAGAAUGGAAUAUAGCAAGUUGUUUAUUUUUUCUUUUCAACGUUUACCAAUUUUUAUCCGUUACUAUUUGUGAAACGAGGUGUAAUAGAUUUACACGAUCGCCACUGCGUACUU